AUGAGUGAUAUCGAUUCUCCCUUGAAGAGCAAUAUCGCUAAAAAGAAGAAACGCGUUGUCCAAUCUGAUGAUGAAGAUGAUAAUUCGAUCAAUGGGGCUUCCUCUUCCAAGGAGCUAGUCAGUGCUUUAUCGCCUGAGGCCCAAAAAAGGAAAGAAAACUCACCACUUCACAAAAAAGCUAAACCUUCACCUGCUAAAAUAGCUUCAAUCUUUGCUGCUCCACCUAAGAAAACCGAAAAGCAGAAAAUAUCUUUUGAACCUUCUAAACCCCCUUCUACUUCAAAAGAAGGUCAAGCUUCUAAACCAAAUGGGAAAGAGGUUAAAUCUGUCGCGUCGAUCUUUUCUAAACCAGCUGCUACUGCUUCAUCAUCAAAGGUGAAAGUAAAAGAUGAAGAUGUGGAUAUGGAUAUGGACGAUGACCGAUCGAGUCCAGUGAAAGAUGACGAAGGUGAAGAUGAAUUAGAUGAUGAAGAGGAAGAAGAUGAACAAGAGGAAAAAGCUGCUGUUAAACUUGCGUCUAUCUUCACCAAGAAUCAUAAAUCAGUUCCGGUAGCUGACAAGGGCUGGAAAGAUGGUGAAGCUGUACCGUAUGCCGCACUCGUCUCAACAUUCGAAAAGAUUGAAGCUACAACGAAACGAUUGGAGAUAUUGGAGAUACUCACUCAAUUCUUCCUCGUCGUGGCAAGGAGAGAUACCGCCAAACUGGCAAAGGAUUCUAACCUCCUCAAGGUAGUUUACCUGUGCAUCAACAGAUUGUGUCCCGACUAUAUGGGUAUUGAGCUUGGUAUAGGUGAAUCAUUAUUGAUCAAAGCAAUUGCGGAAAGUACGGGAAGAGCAACAACGAAGAUCAAGGAGGACCUGCGGAAAGAAGGUGAUCUAGGAAAGGUCGCUAUGAAUUCAAGAAAUACCCAGCCGACCAUGUUUAAGCCAAAAGCUUUGACCGUUCCAUCUGUAUUUCAGAAUCUAACGGAGAUAGCGAAAGCAACGGGCAAUGCUUCACAAGCGAAGAAAGUUGGUAUCAUCAAGAAACUGCUUGCCGCCUGUCAGGGAAACGAAGCCAAGUUUAUCGUCAGAUCGCUAGAAGGUAAAUUGCGAAUAGGUCUGGCAGAUAAGACUUUAGUAGUGGCAUUAGCUCAUGCAAUAGUCUUGAGGGGUAUGGAUGAAAAGAAGAUACCGCACGAUAAACUUGCAGCGAAACUGGAAGAAGGCGCUGAAAUAGUGAAAUCAGUAUACAGUGAAUUGCCGAAUUAUGAUCUUGUCAUUCCUGCUCUCUUGGAAGCCGGCGUGGAGGGGCUGAAAGAGCGAUGUAGACUCACACCAGGUGUACCUCUCAAACCGAUGCUUGCCAAGCCUACGAAGGCUAUCACGGAAGUUCUUGAUCGCUUUGAAGGGAAAGAAUUCACGUGUGAAUACAAGUAUGAUGGUGAACGAGCUCAAGUACAUCUGCUGGAAGAUGGAACUGUAGCGGUGUUCAGCAGGAACUCAGAGAAUAUGAGUGCGAAAUACCCCGAUUUGGUUCAACAGGUUCCUAGAGCCAUCAAGCCUUCCGUCAAGUCUUUUGUCAUCGAUGCCGAGGCUGUAGCGUAUGAUCUGGAAACGAAGAAGAUUUUGCCGUUCCAAGACUUGAGUAGGAGGAAGAGAAAGGACGUCAGAGCAGAGGAUAUCACUGUUCGUGUGCAUCUGUUCGCUUUUGACUUGUUGUAUCUGAAUGGCGAGUCUCUUCUCACAAAAACACUAAAGGAACGGCGAGAACUCCUCCAAGAGCACUUCCAACCCGUCGAAUCAGAAUUCGCGUUUGCCAAAUCAUCAGACGGCACUUCGACCGACGAGAUCGCUGCUUUCCUAGAAGAGAGUGUGAAGGAUGGCUGUGAGGGAUUGAUGGUGAAGAUGCUGGCUUCCGCAAGCUCAACUUACGAACCUAGUAGAAGAAGUAUGAACUGGUUGAAGCUGAAGAAGGACUAUUUAUCAGGCGUGGGAGAUUCACUUGAUUUAGUAGUUGUUGGAGCGUACCACGGAAAAGGAAAACGUACGUCUGUAUACGGCGCUUUCUUGUUAGCGUGUUAUGACCCAGAUUCAGAAAAUUAUCAAACGAUAUGUAAGAUUGGAACUGGAUUCUCAGAAGAAAUUUUGACUCAAUUUUACGAAUUAUUGAAACCGUUGGAAUUGGAAGUAGCAAGAGGUGAUAUAGAACAAGGAAAUGCUAAGCCCGAUGUUUGGUUUGAGCCGAAAAUCGUUUGGGAAGUUUUAACAGCGGAUUUGAGUUUGAGUCCGGUGUAUGCUGCUGCUCAUGGUCUGGUCGACUCUAGAGGAAUUUCACUACGUUUCCCUCGAUUCUUGAAGAUACGAGACGAUAAAUCCGCAGAUGAAGCUACUACCUCUGAGCAGGUAUCUGAAUUCUACCAAAGACAGGUGACUGCUGGAGGUGGUAAGAAAGGUGGCGGUGAAGCCGAUGAUUUCUGGUAA